CUCCCGAUGGGAAAGAAAGCGGGCGUGAGCGACAGGGGAACUACCGCUCCUUCCUUAGCCCUUCGCUCUCGCAUUUGUGUCGAGAGGAUCCGCUUUCUUAUCCUCAAAGGACACAACGAUUUCCCUCUGGGCGCGAAAAGAGUUUGUCAAACAGCAGCUAUGAACGCCUGCCAGGCUCUUUGGCGCUAUGUUGAUUUAAGCCCACUCAGAUUUGUAGGGGAGAGAAUGCGGGGAAGAGCGUUUGGAAUGUGCAUGAGCGUUCUGUCAAAUUAAAUUUUAUAUUGUUCCUAGGGGAGUUAGUUUGGCCAUAAAUCGGAAGCGACCUGGCGACAAAUAACACACACAGUCACGGAACUUGAUGGCAGCAGCUGCUUUAAGCCUUAUGUGUGAAAACGGCAUCCUCGAUGUAUUCACCCUAGUUCCCCACUGGCAAGACAACAGAUACUUCUGAAUAAUUUGGGGAUCAUUGUCAAGGGGAUUAAUGAGAUGAUGAUGAUGAUUACAUGAUUUCUGGUUCUUCAUCAAAAGAUUCUUCUUCAAAGAUCUUCCCCAGCAGCCAGUUGAGUGCCAUCCGACCUGGGGGUCCUGUCUUCUAGCACUAUAUCAUCUUUCAGUUUGGACUGUCUCAUCAUAAGGUUUUCAAGGAACUUGUAGCUAUAGUUCUUGGCCCUGGAGGAAGAUGGAGGAAAUCUUGGCUAAUCUAUGUGAGAGCAGUCCGAUAGAUCCUCUCCCUUUCUGGGACCAUGGCAAUAUUGGACAUUGUUUUAAUCAGCUUAUUUUAAACAUCUUUCCUCAUGCAGUCCUUGCUGUAAUCAGUGCCUGCUACAUAGGAACACCAAGGUCUUCAGUUUCUAGGAACAUCCACAGACCUGGUUGGAAAUGCAGGAUUGCCGCAUCUUUUAUCCUUGCUGGUUCAUCUGUCCUAGACCUGAUCCCAGCAGCCAUAUGGAAACAAGCAUUGUAUCCCUUGUACCUAGAAGUACUGGCAAGUAGCAUAACCACAUUGGCAUGGCUUACUCAUAGCUUGGCAUUGCUUGCUCUCUACAAGUCUUCACGUAGUUUCAGCCGUGGCCCUGUAACACUGCUGAUUUUUGCCUUCUUUCCACUUCCAUCCCUCAUUAUCACUCUGGUGUGGCGCUGCCAGACUGAGAUAGGUGUUCAGCACCUCCAACCUGUCUCUGUCUUCAGAGUGUCUAUCCUCUGCCUGCAGCUAACCACACUGAUUAUCUACAUAAUUGGCUACAUUAUACCUGUGUCUAGCAGGCAAGACUUCUGUUGUAUCAAUGAUUCUUGGCAGCAUGAGCCUCUUAUGAUAGACUCAGGGAUUUCCACACCCAUGUGGCAGGAAGUGGCAGAGGAUGGAGAGAGCUGGCUCUCGCGUUUCUCCUAUGCUUGGAUGAAUCCUCUUAUGAAGCGUGGCUACCAGUGGAUGUUAAAUCAUCCUCAGGAUAUUUAUCAGCUACCUCGACGGCUCCAGGCAGUAAGAAUCCGUGAAUGCUUCUCCUCUUGCUGGCAGAAAAAGGCAACUUUCAGCCAAGAUGUUGAAGAGACUGCAGCUUCCAUAAACAGAUUAUUUGUCCAAAGCAAUGGAUUACCAUCUCCAGAGUGCCGUCAUGAUAUUCAAAAGCGUGUGAGUCUCCUAUCAGUGUUGCAUGCAGCUUUUGGGUUACGCUAUUACUCCCUGGGCCUCCUCAAACUGGCUGGCAGUCUGUUGGGAUUUUCAGGGCCCCUGCUUCUAAACUUGCUAGUGAGUUUUAUGGAAUCAUACCAAGAACCUCUUAGCCUUGGGGUUCUGUAUGCAUUUGGACUCUUCGCUGGUUCAUUUCUGGGUGCUAUCUUGCGGAACCAGUUCAGUUAUGAGGUAAACAAGAUGAUGCUGAUGGUGCGUACAGCUGUUAUCUCUACUAUCUACCAGAAAGCUAUCCGGGUGAGUGGCAGUAGCCUGGCUAGCUUCACCACAGGAGAGAUUGUCAACUUUAUGAGCACUGACACUGAUCGGUUGGUCAAUUUCUGCCUCAGUUUCCAUGAACUGUGGAGUCUUCCUUUCCAGUUUGCCAUCACCCUGUACCUCUUGUACCAGCAGGUAGGCAUAGCCUUCUUGGGAGGGCUGGCUUUGGCUCUGCUGCUGGUGCCUGUUAAUAAAGUUGUUGCAAAUCGUAUUAUGGAGAACAACAAGGAGAUGCUGAAGCACAAGGACACGCGUGUCAAGCUGAUGACAGAAUUCUUGUGUGGUAUGCGAGUGAUCAAAUUCUAUACCUGGGAGCAGCAUUUUGGCACUAGAGUGUAUGGAUGCCGAGCCAAAGAGCUAAAGAGCCUGCGAGCAAUCAAGUAUUUGGAUGCUGUGUGUGUCUACCUCUGGGCAGCCCUUCCUGUAGUUGUCUCCAUUGUCAUCUUCAUCACAUAUGUUUUGCUGGGACACCAGCUCUCUGCUACUAAGGUAUUCACAGCUUUAGCACUUGUUGGGAUGCUCAUUCUUCCUCUCAAUAAUUUUCCUUGGGUGCUGAAUGGGAUCUUGGAAGCCAAAGUGUCUCUAGAUCGAAUCCAGCACUUCCUAGUGCUCACAGACCAGGAUUUGGAUACGUACUACAGCAGAGCUGGCCCCUCUAACCCUUCUUCCAUCCUGGAAAUGCACCAUUCUACCUUUUCAUGGUCGCCAGCAAGCAAGGACAGUGCUGAACACCAUAUGUCUAGAGGGAGUCUGCAACUCUUUAUUCAAGAUCUGAUGGUGAUAAAGGGCACACUAGUGGGAAUUGUCGGGAAGGUUGGAUGUGGGAAGAGCACUUUGCUUGCAGCUAUCACUGGAGAACUCAGUAGGCAAGGUGAACUGGUAUAUAUUGGGGAUCUGGAGAAAGGAUUUGGCUUAGCCACGCAGGAGCCCUGGAUCCAGUUCACUAGCAUCCGUGAAAACAUCCUCUUUGGGAAAGAAUAUGAUGCCAGAUUUUACCAGGAAGUAGUAGAAGCUUGUGCUCUGUCUGAUGACUUGAAUAUCUUACCUGCAGGUGAUCAAACAGAGGUAGGUGAGAAUGGAGUGACCCUCAGCGGGGGACAGAAAGCUCGAAUUGCUCUUGCUAGAGCUGUGUACCAGGAGAAGGAAAUAUACCUUCUUGACGACCCACUGGCAGCUGUCGAUGCAGAUGUAGCCAAUCACCUUAUGCAGAAGUGCAUUCUAGGAAUUCUUAGAAAGAAGACCAGAAUUCUUUGCACUCACAGAACAGAAUUUUUAGAAAAUGCUGAUACUGUAUUGCUGAUGGACUGUGGGAGAAUAAUCAGGACAGGAACUCCAUCUGAAAUUCUGCCAUUGGUGGAAGCUGCUCCUAAGCUUAGAGAGAAAGACAAGAGAAACGCAGACAAAAGCCCCACAGAAUACAUCCAAGAGGAGGAUGUAGAGGCUGAAGGAGAGCAACCAAGUUGCCUUCUCAAGCAGGAGGAAGAGAAGAAAGAAGGGGCAGUGGCUUUCCAGGUCUAUAGAGCAUAUUGGCUGGCUGUUGGGAGCUGCCUAGCAUUGUCCAUCCUCCUGUCUCUACUGCUGAUGCAAGCUUCCAGAAAUAUCUCUGAUUGGUGGCUGUCCAACUGGAUUUCUAGCCUACCCCAUGUAGAGAAUACCUCUGUCAGGAGCUUGUCAUCUCUGCCUUCCUCACAACUGCUGCUGUUCUCCCAUGAGGGACUCAUUUCCCCAGUCCUGGCCCCCAUCCCUUCAAAUGACACUUUGGAUGUGAAGUUUUAUUUGAUGGUCUAUGGCUGCAUUGCUGGGGCAAACUCUGUCUUCACCAUCCUUCGGGCCUUCCUCUUUGCCUGUGGCACCAUCCGUGCUGCUACAGUCAUUCAUGAUCGACUGCUCAGGAGGGUGAUGAAAGCCACAAUGACCUUCUUUGAUACUACGCCAACAGGCCGGAUCCUCAACCGUUUCUCCUCAGACUUGUACUGUGUGGAUGACAGCCUGCCCUUCAUUCUCAACAUCUUCCUGGCCAAUGUUUUUGGGUUGCUUGGUAUGCUGGUAAUGAUCACCUAUGGGCUACCUUGGAUUGGCCUAGUCCUACUGCCCUUGGUGGCUGUUUACUACUCCAUUCAGCGCUAUUACCGGCGCACCUCCCGGGAACUCAAGCGUCUCUACAGUCUCACUCUGUCCCCUAUCUACACUCACUUCUCAGAAACCUUGACGGGCCUCAGCACUAUCCGGGCUACCAGGACCACAGGCAGGUUUGAGACGGAGAAUCAGCUGCGACUGGAACUCAACCAACGCUGUCGUUUUGCCAGUAACACUGCCAUGCAAUGGUUGGACAUUCGGCUUCAGAUGAUUGGUGUUGCUGUUGUUACAGCUAUUGCAGUGAUUGCUAUCAUCCAGCAUCAGAGGAAACUGGGGAACCCAGGGCUUGUAGGCCUUGCCCUUUCCUAUGCUCUUUCAGUCACAAACUUGCUGUCUGGGCUCAUAACCAGCUUCACACAAACAGAGACCAUGAUGGUGAGUGUGGAACGGACAGAGGAAUAUGCAACAGAAAUUCCCAUAGAGCCUCAGGAGGGGCUACUCCAGGUGGCACCUGAUUGGCCAAGUCAAGGUCACAUAGAAUUCCAACAAGUUGUACUGGCCUAUCGGCCUGAGCUGCCCAAUGCCCUGGAUGGGGUGUCUUUUACCAUCUAUCCUGGGGAGAAGGUAGGAAUAGUUGGGCGCACUGGAUCUGGCAAAUCCACUCUCUUCUUGGCUCUUUUCCGUAUGGUGGAACUGAAAGGUGGCCGAAUUCUCCUAGACAAUAUCAACCAUCAUGUUGUUAGCCUGAAGAAGCUGAGGUCUAGAAUGGCCAUCAUCCCACAGGACCCAUUUUUAUUCAGUGGGACAAUCCGUGAGAACUUGGAUCCUCAAGGGCAACACACAGAUACUGACUUGUACCAAGUCCUGGAGCAGUGCUAUCUGCGGGAAGUGAUUACAGAGAUGGGUGGAUUAGAUUGUGAAUUGGGGGAAAAAGGAAAGAGUCUAUCAGUGGGACAAAGGCAACUGGUUUGUCUAGCAAGGGCUCUAUUGACCCAAGCCAAGGUUCUAUGCAUUGAUGAGGCUACUGCAAGUGUGGAUCACAAUACAGACAAAUUGCUCCAGCAGACCAUCCGUCAGCGAUUUGCAGACAAAACAGUGCUAACUAUCGCUCACAGGCUGAACACCAUCUUGGAUUCGGACCGAGUGCUGGUGAUGCAUGCUGGGAAGGUGGCUGAGUUUGAUUCUCCUGCUGUUCUCAGCAAGAAGCAGGAUUCCAUGUUUCAGCACCUGCUACACAGUGGGCAGCAGUGACCCCCCCUGCAGACUCUUUAAGAUGUGGUGAUCAGCACCUCAUGCUUGUGAGCCUUCCCCUCUGGCGUGUGGCCCCUCCCCUGACAUUCCCCUCCAUCCGUUGCUUAGGGGAGCAUGCAUUCCAGAAUAUACUGGUUAUCUUGCUUGUUACUUGUGAGCAGAUGCAGGAAUGUUCUCCCUUGACAGAAGAGGGUUUCAGUAGGUGAUACAUUCUGUACCACAGACUCAGGAGAAUUGCGCCUAGGCAGAAGGGGAGAUGACACUUGGGGAGGGUUAAGAAGUGUGUGUAGAUCAAAAAUGGCUUUUGCACAAAAAAAUCAGGCAAACAAGCAUAACGAGGCUGGUGUUUUUAAAAUAAAUAUACAAUUUGAUCUUCUUAAGAAUCA